AUAUACUGUGAGCAAGGCUUCAAUAUUAAUCAGUACCUUGUUCAUUCUUUGGGAAAAUACAUUUAAUUUAAAAAAAAAACUCAUUUUGUUAAAGUGUAUACGCAUCAAAAACAAAUUAAAAAUGACUACUAAGCUGAUCGUGUUUGCUGCUUUGAUCGGACAAAUGGUCUUUGCUUUUCCGCCCGAGUACAAAAGUUAUGACAAUGAUUAUCACGACCACUAUGCUCAUGCACCUACACCAUAUCAUUUCGAGUACGGCGUAAAAGACCCCCAUACACACGACAUCAAAAGCCAAAGCGAAGUGAGUGACGGUCACGGUAAUGUCAAAGGAUCAUAUAGUUUAGUAGAACCUGAUGGUUCUACACGUGUUGUCGAGUACACAGCCGAUCACGAGCACGGUUUCAACGCCGUAGUCAAGAAAAUCGAUGCAGUCCACCACCAUUAUAGUGAACACUCUGAUAUUGAUUACCAUCAUCACAAAUCACUUCAUCCGUACAAAUCAUCAUCUUACUACAAGUUCUACUGAAUUUAAUAGUAUUAAUAUCAUAUACAUAAACAUUUUUUAUCAUACCGUUGUUGAUACCUACUCAUUAUUCAUAUUGCAUAUCAUGGACAUUUUUUUACUGAAUAAAAUAUUAUAAAACAUAUA